AUGUCGGCGAUCGGUACAGACGCUCUGGCUUCGGUCGCCAUAUUUGCGACCGGCGAUCUCGUCGCUCAGCAGAUGGAGCGGAGGCUACAGAUUGCUCGCAGAUGGAUCGGGCCGCUGUCGGCGGACAGAGCCGUGGCUGCGCCCGUCCCCCUUGUGCAGCCUCGGCGCAUCGCGUCGGCCGCCGGCCUUGGCUUUGUCUACGGCGGCUUCAUGCUGCCAUCUGUUUAUCAGCUCGCCGAAGGAUUAUUUCCCGGAGUGCUCGCCAAGGUGAUUGUCUCCUGCAGCCUCCUCUCCACCUUGGGCAACUACUUCUCGCUGCUGUGGCGACGGUACGCGCAACCAUCGCCGCAGCCGGGCGAGGGCUUGGCGUGCCGCCUCUCGCGCUGCUGCUGCACGGUGACGGCCGAGAUGCCGUCGGUCCUCUCAGCCGACCUGCGCGUCUGGCCGGCCUAUGACGUGAUCACCUUCGCUGUGAUCCCGCCCCUCGUACGGCCCUUUGCGACCGCCUUUGUGUCCACUGCCUGGCACACGUACAUGGCCUAUCGCGCCGCUGUGCCGCAGGGUGACACAGAGCACUGCAAGAUUGGCUGA